UCCGGUAGAACGUAAGCGAGUCGGUUCGGUCGUGCUUGUGAGCGCAUCCUUACGUUCCGCUGUGGUGUGGCGUGUGUAUUCCGAGUCGCGUCUCCGGUCCGUAACAGUUGGAAGCUGUGGUAGGUGACAAAAACCGUCGACACUAUGGUGCGGUGAAUAUGAAAGUUUAAAAUGAAAUAAAUAAGCAAACAUGACCUCUCUGGCAAUCAGGGUGUGAAAAAGUGUAUAAAAAACGAAUGUAAAAUAUGCAAAGUAUGUAAUAUUAGCAUGAUUAUGAAAGGCUGAACAACUUCAGUGAAAACUUAAAGGCCUAAGCUGCACGAAAAAGAUACAUCAUCGUUUUUGAUGCGGUUAGAAGUGGAUUGAAUCACAAGAUCCGUCUCGAUGUUGAUGAUGGACUUUAAGGCAUCCAACACGGCUACCAUCGCCACCAUCGAUAAGGGCAGCGACCGUACGUUCGCGUCAGCCUUCUUCCACCCACCGGCAUCGCCGGCACACGUCGGCUGCUGUGUGCUUAACCGAGCACCGGCCAGACCCCCGUCCGAAAUCUAUUUCGAAAGCCGUGGCAAAUGCUGCAAGAAGCUACUCCGGUACAACGGUUAUCCGAACAAGGUCCUGCUUUAUCCGGAAGAAGGAUGGGCCCGCAGUGCAGCCUCCAGCUACUGGACGAUAGCGCCCUGCCGGUGGCGAAGGAAUCGCUGCAUCGUGGAGGAGGUGGCCGGCUCUAGGAAACAAUCCACACAAGGCCGCAUGAUCGUUGUUGGUGAUGGAGCACUCCUAAUAGUCGGUACCUUCAAACGGCGCGUUCCCGAUCCCGACUUCAAGCUCUAUCUUUCCUCCAACAUAAGUUUGGCCGACUAUAAUAUGGGCUACUGCCUGACGGGGACACUGGAGCGUGGCUGCGAGCGGACGAACCAGUACCAAACCACCCACUUUGCCGUCAUACGACGUUGCUGGCCUUCGAACGAACACGACGGACAUCACGGUGGGGGUGGUGGGUUCGGUGUUGGCGGUGUCGGUGGGGGCGGCGGUGGUAGUAAGAAUAAUAACAAAACACAGCACACCUACAUCGAUUUCCUCUUCAACCGAUGAUAACAUGAUACCGGACGGGAUGAGAGUAGGACGACAAAAGCAAAUAAAACAAAAAUGGGGGACAAAAAUGGCGAUUACGUGAGUGCGUUUUGGUUACGUUUUUCGGCCCACAUUUUUACGAGAGUCGUUGUUUUUUUUUCGCGUUUUGCUAAACAACCAACCCAAUGGUAGUGGACGGUUCGCGUUGGAACCAUCAAAUGACGUGUGCUUUUAGGUAGCAGUCGAUGAUACUAUAAAUUUAGAUAUGAGCGGUAUAUUAUACAAACUGAAGGCGAUUUUCAUAACGACAAUGAUGGUGUGCAAAUCUUUCAACGUCAAUCCGUACGGGCACAUCAUGAAACGAGGAUAGUAAAACAAAAGAAAACCGCGAGCUAUGCUUUAAAAAAGCAACAUAUUAUGUUAGCGCAAUUUUGUCACACACCCAAAAACACUUAAAACGAUCAAAACAAACAGAAUAAAAUAGAAAAACAAAUAAAAGACUUAACAAAAGAUACAAAAAAUAACAAAAGCGAAUGAAACAAAUCCAGCAAAAUAGAAAGCGAAUCAAUAAAUCGAUCUUUUAGUGUGCUAAAUAUGGUAACAAAUCAAACAAAACUGACAAAACGCAAAGAGCCUACUGUAACGAAGAGAUAGAAAAUAGAUAUGAAACAAAAUCUAAUGCAAAAACAAAACUAGAAUCGCAAACCAUACAAACACUUCAAACACACAAAUCAAAAAAGGACAAAAAAAACAAAACAAAAAAUAAAAUCAAUAGAUAAAAACAUUUUCCAAAACAAAGAAAGAAAAAUUUUCCACCGCGAUCGAAGAACUCGAAUGGCGAAUGGUCGAUUCAUCUCUGCACCUUUAUUUAUAUUUGAAAAUUUCGCUUACGGGGGAAAAUAUAUUGUGUGCAGGAAAAUCAUACUUUGUGAAGUAGCACACUAAAAACAAACAACGGAAGAUGUGAAAUCAAUCAUCUAGCUAAGGGGAAUAAACAACAAAAUACGCGAAAUCGGUUUUCGCACGCGUUUCGUUGUUUGGAAGAUGGUAAAAAGAUAUCCUAUAGAAAGUCAUAACAAAACACAAAACGCAAAACCCAGCUACAGGCAAACAGUAUAGUUGUGUAUAAUCAUACCUUUAGAAAGCGGGCGAGAGACGCCCGUAUCGGUGGUGCGUUGAGGAGACAAUUUUGAUGCUGAAUUACGUAGUGAAAAGUAUUUUUGUACCGGUCGCUUUUUGUACAUAGAAACUUCGCUUGAUAGGCGCAAUCGAAAUGUAAGAGAAAUACAAUUUACAUACAAUUAUAACAGUGAAAUCAAACGAUCGAUAGCUCGUACCACAUUGUAUGUAAAGCACACAGUGUAUAGGUUCGCUUUUCUGCAUUGCUUUCUCGGUGAGCAAAGCCAGCUUAAACUGCUGCUCGUUGUUGCAAGAGAGCAACCAGUCAAACAUACGUAAAACCAUUUUCCUUAUUCCUUUACCUUGCGUAUAACAGUUGCAAUACUAGAUAAGUUCCAUAUCUUGCUCUUUAUAUCAUUAUCUCAUAAGGUAAUUUAAAACGGUUUAAUUUUAUUUGCAAUUCGCUAUACUUUUAAGAACAAUAUUAUUUAAUAGUUCUUUACCUUAAUCAGUGUGCAAGAUGUAAUAGAAGCGAGCAGAUAAACAAAACAAAAACACCCAAAAAACACCUAAAUAAGCAAAAAAAAGAAAACACUGUAAACACAAAAGAGACAAAAACAAAAUCAAAUCAUUCGAAAUCAAAAUGUAACACGAUGAACAUUAACGUCCUGCCAGUAUUUAACGUCCAUAAACAAAUAGUUGUCUAGUUGCACUGACGCGUCCUCACAAGCGCACCCGGUGUAGGGAUAAUGGUGACUGAAUGCAAAAGAGGAAUUAAGCUAGCAAACAAAAAAAACAAACGUUUAGGAAGUGAAUAUUAAGAUUCGAGUACUGCUAUUCUGUUAUAUUUUAAUUGUUGUUUUCACUAGUGAGAACAAUACUUAAUGUUUUUCACCCCUGGAAUGGGACAACGUUUAUUUGUAAUAAUAAUUUAUAUUGCUUAAAGGAAAUUGUGAUGUUCGUUUUAUAUUCUUUUUUAUCAAAAUCAGCAACAUACGUACUCUUAAAUGCCUAACCGUAAUACAAUCGUAAAUCAGGCUUAGAACAUCAAAGUACUCCUAAUGUAGUAGUUGAGUGAAAUGAGCCCUUUGAAGUUUCCAGUUCUUUCUUUUUCUUUUCUACAAUUCGAAUAUCCAACCCAGGAAGCCCAGGAACUGAACAUACAAUUUUUGCACACCAAAGACAGAAUAUAAUCAGAUCGAACGCUGUAUCGAAAUGGCGCUUCGACAACUAGCUUAGCUUUUUGUUUUGUGUGUGUGUCUGUAGACGAAUGAGUAGUAGACGCAAUAGACGCAAAAACUAAACAGGUCGUAAGGCUGUCGAAAACGGUUACAUACACCAGAUAGCUCACCAUAGAUGAGAUACGGAGUGAGCUUUUUUGCUAGUAAGAAAGCUUUGAAAUGGCACAAACCAAUCAGUAACGCAUCAGGAACGUUUUGCAGUUUAAGUUUUGCAACCCUGCCCAUAUCCUUAACCUUCGAACGCUACGCUCUAAUCCAAAUCACGCUACUAGCAUCCCCUCCAAACCCACUUAUAUAAAGGAUAUGUGUAAAUCAUCUUACAUGCGCAGCUUAUAGCAUAGGAAACAGUGUGUGUAGCAGGAGCGAAUACAGUAGACAAGAAAUAAAAGAGAAAGAAAAAAACCUAUAACAUUAAGCUCACGGAGAGUAAACGUCUCGUAAAAAAAAGAAACACACAGCUAGAAGAGAGACUAUUUUUUCUAAAGGAAUUUAUAUACAAAACCCAGCGAAAAUAAGGAGAAUGUAAGAAUGGUAAACCCACGCAAAGACAGAAACGAGUAAAACGAGUAAGGGAAAUCGUUUGUUUGUGUGUUCUUAAAUGAACCAACAACGAACGAAAGGAUUGUAAGAAACGAACGGAAACAGUUUUUGGGGGGUAAAAACGAAAAUGGAUGAAAAGUGAAAAUUUUUCCCCUGGGGUUUGGCAAAUUUCAAAUCAAAUCGUCGUCAAUAAUGAUGUAUAAGUGUAAUUAUGUAUGUUGCGAAAUGGUGGUCUGCAUCGGUUAAAACGGAUCGCGUUGUUUAUGAGUAUAACGAUUGUCAAACAUGGACGCGACGAUGAUAAUGAUGAGUACAGUGGGAGAAGAAAAAUAAAUGUUGUUAUAAUUUCCAAAA